CGAAAAAACCCACCCAACAAGUAAAACUCUCGUGGCCCCCAGAUAGGUAUUGAGUUGUCCAACUAACAACACUGAACUUCCAACUUCUCCCAACAUGUAAAUCUCAUGAUUUUUUUUUUCUUUGUUAACUUUCUCUCGAAACACAAACACUUUUUUUUUCCCCCUGAUUCCAUUCUCACUCCUUCCCUUUAGCUCUCUCAAAAAAUGUCGAACUGCACAGUGGAGUCAUGCACAGCUGAAACUCCCGAUGGAGUCAACCUGAGGACAAGAGUUUUCAAACCAAAAGAAGAGAUUAAAGACAACAUAGUAAUAGUUCUUGUCCAUCCAUACUCCAUCUUGGGUGGUUGUCAGGCUCUUUUGAGGGGGAUUUCUUCUGGGUUGGCCGGCAAAGGUUACAGGGCUGUUACUUUUGACAUGAGAGGAGUUGGAAGGUCAACUGGAAGAGCUUCUCUUACAGGUUUUGCUGAAGUCAAGGAUGUUGUUGCUGUCUGCAAUUGGGUUUCUCAAAAUCUUUCUUCUGACAAGAUCUUGUUGGUGGGUUCUUCUGCAGGGGCAGCAAUUGCUGGUUCUGCUGUUGAUCAAGUUGAGCAAGUUGUGGCCUAUGUAAGUCUGGGGUACCCUUUUGGCAUGAUGGCCUCGAUCCUUUUCGGACGACACCACAAAGCCAUCCUGCAAUCCCCCAAACCGAAACUCUUUGUCAUGGGAACUCGGGAUGGAUUUACAAGCGUGAAACAGCUCAAUAACAAGUUGAAUUCUGCAACAGGACGCAAUGAAACACAUUUAAUUGAAGGAGCAAGCCACUUUGAAAUGGAAGGCCCUGCUUAUGAUGCUCAGAUGGUGAAUCGUAUCCUUGAAUUUAUUUCCUCAUUGUAGGACACGCAGCCAGUUCUUAGACCAGCU